UGCACCCUCACCAGCAGCAGCGUUGGAGCUCUGUCCUGGAUCAGUGGAGAUGGGCUGAGACAGAGAGGACCCGACAACACCGUGCCAAACAGCCGACGGGUGCAGCACUUACAGAAGGGAAGACUCGGGGAUUCUUCUCGGUCCCACUUGUCCCCGCUCCUCUCCAGUCCCGGCCCCAGCAGGCCAGGGAAUGUCCCGGCGGCGAGAUGCCUUAUGUGGACCGACAGAACCGCAUCUGUGGCUUCCUGGACAUAGAGGAGAACGAGAGCAGUGGCAAGUUCCUGCGUCGUUACUUCAUACUGGACACGCAGCAGGGAAGCUUGGUGUGGUUCAUGGACAACCCACAGAACCUGCCUAUUGGCACAGACUGUGUUGGCUCCCUCAAGCUCACCUACAUCUCUAAGGUCAGCGAUGCCACAAAGCUGAGGCCUAAGGCAGAAUUCUGCUUUGUCAUCAAUGCUGGGAUGAGGAAGUUCUUCCUGCAGGCCAAUGACCAGCAGGAUCUUGUGGACUGGGUCAACGCUCUCAAUAAAGCCACCAAGAUCACUGUGCCAAAGUUGUCUGAUGGGCAGCAGAAUGCAGAGAACCAGAAGGCUUUGCCAGAUGUCGUAGGGCCCAAGAAACAAGUCUCCUACAAGACAGAGAUUAUUGGAGGAGUCCCCAUUGUCACCCAGACACAGCAUGAAGGAGGUGAUGGUGCAGACAGAGCGGAGCGUGAGGCCAUGCAUCGCUCCCACAGCCAGCUGCCGUACUUCCUGGGCAGGCCGACUCAGGAGCACACGGUCAUCAAAUCAGGCUACUGCGUCAAGCAAGGAGCUGUGAUGAGGAACUGGAAACGGAGAUAUUUCCUACUAGAAGAGAACUCAAUGAGUUACUUCAAGUCAGAUUUGGAGAAAGAGCCUCUGAGAAUGAUCCCACUGAAGGAAGUUCACAAAGUCCAGGAGUGCAAACAGAGUGACAUUAUGAUGAGAGAUAAUCUGUUUGAAGUCGUCACCACAUCAAGGACAUUUUACAUACAGGCGGACAGCCCAGAGGAGAUGCACAGCUGGAUCAAGGCUGUCUCGGGGGCCAUUGUCGCCCAGCGGGGGCCUGGGAGGUCUGCUGCCACAGAACACGGCAGCCGUUCCACUUUCUACCGCAGCCCCGCGGGUCCCCCCGUCCCUCGCUCGCCCAUAUCUGCCAUGCCACCAUGCUACCCAGAGUGGGGGGCUGCUGUCACGUGCGGCACACGCUCGCAGCCUGGCGUGGGACAGCGAGCACUUCAUGAGCCUGCUGCCACGGCCCAGUCACAGCCACACGCCAGCACGCCUCUCCCUGCAGGAGACGCGCCUGGCAAAGUGACCUGCGAACCGCCUGCGACCACCAUCAGUAACUCUGAGGAGUCACCGUGGCGACGGCGGAGCAGCUUUGAGCCCCACAUGCCUGAACCGCCCCUGGACCUGGAUGACGCUGACCUGCCGGUGAGCGAGGUCUGAGCCGUCGAACUAGACGUUAAAACGUGUUUAUCUGGAUGGAGACUUCGUAGAUAAGGAGGAAACAGUGCACAACAGGUGUUUAAAAGGGCAGGCGUUGGUUUUCAAACCAAGGCUGCUGGCGGAUGACAUGAGUACAACAUCACAAACUCACCUUUUGAGCUCCUGCGUCAGUGCCGUCAGUGUUCUAGACAAACAAGUUGGGUCACCACUGAACUGCACUCGUGUGCCAAAGACGACCCAGUCUUCACCCACACCCCUCUGCCUGCCUGCUGUCGCAUUUACAAUCCUGUAUUUAUUUACUAAGAGUUGAUGUUGUCAAACAAAACUACAAAUUUUACUUUUCUUGUGCUGAACUCAAUGAGAGCUUUAUUUUAACCUGUACAGGCACAACGAUGUGUUCAGUGGUCUUGGUGGGCGAAGGACGUUUGUAAACCACUUUGUGCCAAGAAAAUAAGGGAGCUUUCAAGUGCAAGCUAUUUCCUCUUGUCUGAAAAGAGCAUUCGAACUGAGGACUGGCUUUUCAUCACCUCUCUAAUCUACUUAUUUAGACUGUGUGGUCUGUUCAUACACUCACUAUUGUAACCUGGAUUUGUCUACUAUUGUUGGCCAGUGUUAGGGAUAUGUGUCAAGCCUAGUCUGAGAUCAAAUCCUCACUCUAAUGCAAACUAAUUCAAAGAUUCUGGACUGGUCUAGGACUAGAUGCAGAAUGUUGAAAAUAUUAGUGUAGGACACGGUGCAUAUAAUAAUAAUAACAAUAAUAAUAAUAAUAAGACCAAAUGUAUUACAGCAAGGAUUUUUUUUAACAGUUGCCAAACCUUUGACUUAAAUUUCUCUUUAUUUAUGACUAUAUCAGAGGGUUAAGUUGCUCAAUCAUGUAUUGACAUAAUCACUGUUAUUAACCACAAGCUGAAGCAGCUUACAUGAACAUCUACAGUGAAUAGUUUUUACAGUUAAUCCACCUCUGGUAGUAAAGUGAGAGUUUGACUGUGCAGAAGCACAUAAGAAAAACAACAUUUUUAAGCUAUCACGUUCCAUGCAUCACUUCAUAACCGGAAUCAUCCUCUUUGUGGACCAUGUUUCAGCGUACUCGACUCACUUUAUGCUACUAGACGACGUGGGAAAAGGAACAACAGCGCUGCGAGUAAAGAUGGGGUACAAGGAGUACACUUGUAUACAUUUUGUAAUUCAUAGUAAUAAAUACUUCAACAACAGGUUAGUUAUAGACCUGCUUCAUGUCCUGACAGACACGCAAGUUAACCAAACUUGCAGUCCAUUGUUUGAAGAUUAUACUGUAUGAACACCAUGCAAACAUUUUGGAUCAUGGUUUAACAAAAAAAAACAAAAAACAUUCAAGCUCAGACACUUCAAUUGCAUGUUAACAUUUACUGAUUGCUCAGAUUGUCUUUGGGUUUUUAGUUUUUCCAUCUCUAUGGCCACUCUGUGUGUUUGCAGAAUAGAGCUGUGUGCAGCAGAUUUAUUUUUUUAUAUGCUUUUAGAUGUUUCCUGAUUGUGUUCCUUGUACCUGUGCUGCCAACCCAGCAGGAGGCAGCUGCCUCAUGGUUUUAUUUUCCAAAGCCCCACUGUAGUCCAGCUAAAUAAUACACACUAAUCUUUUUUUAAAGUGCCUGCUUCAUUUCAGCCCAACAAAGUUCAAGCUAGUUCACCCUGUUUCAGUCUGGUGUAAUUGGUUUGAAUUGUCUCUAUUUAUUAUGUGGAUGACUUGAAAGAAAUAAACACUGAAAAUGUG